UGCUUGAAUCGUCGUUUGUUAAUUGAAUGCCGUCGUGCUUUGCGAAAUUCACGAUGGAAUGCAGACGCUCAUUUAAGGGCACAUGAACGUUCUGUCACUGUAGAUCAAGAGGCGAUUGCCCGAAUCGAUACUUGUCAACUUGCUGCUAAUAGUCCAAUAGAAGAUUUUUACUCGGCUGCUAAAUGCCUUUCAUCUAAUGCAUUUCUUUUUGGAGUUUUUGAUGGACACGGUGGUCAGUCGUGUAGUAGGCAUGUUUCCGUGACUUUAUUCCCAUAUAUUUGCGCUUCAGUGUUGAAAAAGCAUGAGAUCCAAUCACUAAGCCUGGAGAGCCGAUUAGAAUGGCUUUUUAGCAGUGCUGAUGCCCAUUUACCAAAUUUAUUUCGGUUCAGUUUCAUUCGCGAAGCUCUCAAAUUUGCUUUCGAAACAUGCGAUGAGGAUUUGUGCCGUGCUGCUUUACCGGACAGUAGAGGACAAAUAGAUAGGCAAGAAAAAAACUUA